AUGGGUGUCUCAAUCAAAAAGCGAUCAUGGGGCCAUGGAUGGAGAUCUUCAAAAAAGUUCAUCCUUGUGGCAGUAGCAACAACUAUACUAACAGACAUGUUCUUACAUAAUUUCCUGGUUUCCAUUCUUCCUUCUAUGCUGGAAGACCGUGUCCGUCUCGACCCGCAGCUUCAGCAGAACGCCACUCUUGCUCUGCUAGCUGAGGGUGCGCUGGUAUCAUUCCUAGUCAGCCCAUUUGUCCACCACCAUGCCCACCGUCUUCAAAAUGAUAAUUGGCUCCUGGGUGGCCUUGUCAGCGAGUUACUAGGUUCUGUCAUUAUUGCCUAUGCUGAUUCAUUACCCCUCCUCUUCGCCGGUCGGUUUGUGCAGGCCGUCGCAAAUACGAGUGUCGGCAUUCUUGGGAUAUCAAGCCUCUCGCGAAAGGUACCGUCAGACCAGCUACACAAGGUAUAUGGUAUUGUCAAUCUUUCCCUUGCGGUGGGUACAACAUGUGGACCUCUGAUUGCGGGGACUUUACUUCAGCUGGCUGGGUAUUGGAGAGCUUGGUGCUGCGCAUUCAUUGCCAGUUUAUUUGGCAUUGGAGUACAAUGUCUGAUGGUAGACACGCCACUUCAUGUAGAUGGUCAGCUGAUGCCAACGGACGAAUGUGCCGAGGCUGCAGAUGAAGAAAGCCCGCUUUUAACAACGCCCCUGACAGAGGGUUCUGCCAAGUCGCAAGGACUUCUUUUACCAAGGAAGAGCGAUAUUGACUUGUACAUUUGUCUUUUCACGAAUGGCCGAUAUAUCGGAGGUACCGUCAGUAGUCUUUGCAACGCGGUUGUGUCAUCGAGCACCAGCACCACGCUGCCGCUGCAUGUCCGUCGCGUAUUGAACUGCGGAAGCCUGUCAACUGGGCUUUUGUUCGCGGCACUUCACGGCCCAAAUGUGGUUCUCGGAGUUCCGGUCGCGUGGUUGAAGAAACGAAUAGGAACCCGACACCCGACAUCCAUUGGGUUCGCUGCUCUGGCCAUCAUGCUAUGGUUGAUGGGUAUUCAGAACCGAGACCUGUUCAUGUAUGUAGCAAGUGUGAUGGGUGCUGGAAUCGCCAUGUCUUUGUUGAAUGGAGUUGGCAUGAUGGAAGCCACCCAUGCUGUCUAUGAACUCCAAGAAGAACACCCGGAAACAUUCGGCUCUGGUAUAGGAUAUACCAGAGCGGUAUUUGUCACCCACAUGAGCUGCGUUCUGGGCGCCUUUCUCGGGCCGAUUGUGUCCGGACUAAGCGAGCGAACCGGGUACUACGCGAUGAAUUGCGUGUUGGCGGGGAUGUGCGCGCUGUGUUCCCUUUUCGCGUUCUGGAACCUGAAAUCUACACUGCGUCGGCCCGUUCUCGUCAAAAAAUAA